AUGCAGGUGAUAGUGACAGUUGUUUCUUUGGCCUGCUUGCUGGUCAGUCCAACGCUGGCUGGCAUCAAAGACCUCAGUUCGCACUUUAAUCCUGCUAACCCAGACCCCAGGGGCUUUCAAGGGAGCGGGGGCACAGAUAUGGAAGACAUUGAUUUAGACUUCCACAAGGCAAACACCAUCACCAAUGACCUAGUGUUUGACGGCUUUGAAGACACAGAUUACAUUGAUUUUGAUAAGAUCCUGUCUGCAGGCAGCGAUGACUAUAUCGAAGGAGAUGAGAUUGACGAGAUUGCAACCCCCGCACCGGACAUCGACAUAUUCGCUGAACCAUCGGACCCAAAAAUUCGUCGUGCCAGACUCCUACGGCUCUUCCACGGUCGCUCUCGCCUCCGACGCCUCAACGUUGCAAACGCGCUCUUCGGCUUCAACCUCUACCGUAGUCUUCGCAAUGACGUCAACCAGACUGACAACAUUCUGCUGGCGCCUGCUGGGAUCUCCAUUGCCAUGGGGAUGAUGUCUUUGGGAAGCGGACCUGCAACGCAUAAUCAGAUCUACAAAGUUUUGGGAUUCACUGAAUUUGUAAAUGCGAGCAGUCACUACGACAACAGCACAGUGCAUAAGCUCUUCAGGAAGUUGACCCACAGGCUUUUCCGCAGAAACUACGGCUAUACGCUGCGCUCGGUGAACGACGUCUACGUGAAAAAGAACGUCUCGGUGAAAGAUGCUUUCCGUGCAGACACCAAGGCUUAUUAUUUUGCAGAACCGCAGUCGGUGGACUUUAGCGAUGCUACCUUUUUGAACAAGGCCAACAGUCGCAUUCUAAAGCUCACUAAGGGACUCAUCAAGGAGCCGCUCAAGAGCAUCGACCCAAAUAUGGUACUAAUGCUGCUCAACUACUUGUACUUUAAAGGAACAUGGGAACAGAAGUUCCCUAAAGAGAUGACACACUACCGCAACUUUCGUGUGAAUGACAAGACAAAUGUACGAGUGCCGAUGAUGACCAAUAAGGGAAACUACCUAGCUGCCGCCGACCAUGAACUUGAUUGUGACAUCCUACAACUCCCGUACUCAGGAAAUAUCAGCAUGCUCAUUGCCUUGCCGAGGAAGAUAACAGGUAUGAGGACAUUGGAGCAGGAGAUCUCGCCCACAGUUGUCAACAAAUGGAUCAAAAACAUGACAAACAGAACCCGUGAAGUGGUGAUACCUCGCUUCAAAUUGCAACAGAAUUAUGACUUGAUUGAGAAUCUAAAAGAAAUGGGACUCACUGACUUGUUUCAUGACGGCGGAGACUUCUCUGGAAUGACCUCGGAUAAGGUUGUCAUGAACUGGCUUAAGCACCAGGGAACCAUCACUGUGAACGAGGAAGGCACGGAGGCAGCUGCUCUGACCCAGGUGGGCUUCAUGCCACUCUCCUCCCAAAUCCGCUUCGUAGUGGACCACCCCUUCCUUUUCCUCAUCUACGAGCACCGUACAGACUGUGUCGUGUUCAUGGGCCGCGUGGCCAACCCGUCACAGAAUUAA